GACUUAAUUAUAAGAAUGUACUUUGUCAAGUAAAUUUUAUUUCACAUAGAGACCAGAAACAUGGGAGAAUGUUUUUUAAAUGAUAUUUAAUGGUAGAAUUUACUGGAGAAAUGCUUUACUGAAUUGAAAUUUUAGUGUACUUUUAAAACCUAAAUAUCUGGUAGUAUUCCCCUUGUAGUGAGCAUGAGAUUAAAGUUUAGAACUUUUUAAACAAUCUUUUCUUUUUUUGUGGUUGUGUACUCAUUAUUGCUUGUUCGUCUUUUGCAAUUUAGAUAAAUGAUAUAACAUUAAACUCAAGGUGGUUGAGUUGCAGUAGGGAGUCGGAAGCAAGCCAAGGGAACAUCUUUCUCUACAGGGGACUUGGCGAUUCCAAACCCCCAAGGUUCCAAGAAGAAACUGAAGACACCUGGAAUCUAAUCCAGAUUCCAAAAUGAUGCAAAUCAACCUGACUGGAUUUUUGAAUGGGAAAAAUGCUCGAGAAUUCAUGGGAGAACUGUGGCCCCUGCUGUUAAGUGCACAAGAGAACAUCGCCGGGAUCCCCUCUGCUUUUCUAGAGUUGAAGAAGGAAGAAAUAAAACAGCGUCAAAUUGAACAAGAAAAAUUGGCAUCUCUGAAAAAACAAGAUGAAGAUAAAGAUAAGAGGGAUAAGGAAGAAAAAGAAAGCAGCAGAGAGAAAAGGGAGCGGUCUCGAAGCCCAAGAAGACGCAAAUCCAGAUCUCCUUCCCCUAGAAGACGAUCUUCCCCUGUCAGGAGAGAGAGAAAGCGCAGUCACUCUCGAUCUCCCCGUCACAGAACCAAGAGCCGGAGCCCUUCCCCUGCCCCAGAAAAGAAGGAGAAAUCUCCAGAGCUCCCAGAACCAUCAGUGAGAACAAAAGACUCUUCAGUACAGGAGGCCACGUCUACAAGUGACAUCCUGAAAGCUCCCAAGCCUGAGCCUGUACCAGAGCCCAAAGAACCUUCUCCAGAAAAAAAUUCUAAAAAGGAAAAGGAAAAGACCCGACCAAGAUCUCGAUCACGCUCCAAAUCACGAUCUCGGACCCGUUCUCGAUCACCUUCUCAUACUAGACCAAGACGACGACAUAGGUCCCGAUCGAGAUCAUAUUCUCCUAGAAGGCGGCCAAGCCCAAGAAGGAGACCGUCUCCUCGAAGAAGAACUCCACCAAGACGGAUGCCUCCUCCACCAAGACACAGGAGGAGUAGGUCUCCAGGGAGACGAAGGAGGCGUUCUUCUGCAUCUUUAUCUGGAAGUAGCUCUUCGUCCUCUUCAUCUCGUUCCCGGUCACCGCCAAAGAAGCCUCCUAAGAGGACCUCUAGCCCCCCUCGAAAAACUCGUAGAUUAUCUCCUUCUGCAAGUCCUCCAAGACGAAGGCACAGACCAUCAUCUCCAACAACUCCACCACCCAAAACUCGCCAUUCCCCAACCCCCCAGCAGUCAAACCGCACAAGAAAAGGUCGUGUUUCUGUGUCUCCGGGAAGAAGUUCCGGUAAAGUGACAAAACAUAAAGGUACUGAGAAAAGAGAGUCACCUUCACCAGCACCCAAGCCUAGAAAAGUGGAGUUGUCUGAGUCUGAAGAAGACAAAGGCAGCAAGAUGGCUGCAGCCGAUUCUGUGCAGCAGAGACGUCAGUAUAGACGACAGAACCAGCAGUCUUCAUCUGACUCUGGCUCCUCUUCCACCUCAGAAGAUGAGCGGCCCAAGAGAUCCCAUGUGAAGAACGGCGAGGUAGGCAGGCGGCGGAGACAUUCUCCUUCUCGGAGUGCCUCUCCAUCACCUCGAAAACGCCAGAAAGAGACUUCCCCUCGGAUGCAGAUGGGAAAACGAUGGCAAUCGCCAGUGACUAAAAGUGGUAGAAGGAGGAGAAGUCCCUCCCCACCACCAGCCAGAAGGCGACGAUCUCCUUCUCCAGCUCCUCCUCCCCCUCCCCCUCCUCCUCGGCGGCGUAGAUCUCCCACCCCACCACCACGACGAAGGACUCCUUCUCCUCCCCCACGCCGCCGUUCACCUUCUCCAAGAAGAUACUCUCCUCCCAUCCAGAGGAGAUACUCUCCUUCCCCACCUCCAAAGAGGAGAACCGCCUCACCCCCACCCCCGCCCAAGCGAAGGGCAUCACCAUCUCCACCACCAAAGCGCCGAGUCUCCCACUCUCCACCUCCCAAACAAAGAAGCCCCCCAGUCACCAAGAGACGCUCGCCCUCCUUAUCUUCAAAGCAUAGGAAGGGGUCUUCCCCAGGCCGCUCCACCCGGGAGGCCCGGUCACCACAACCAAACAAACGGCAUUCGCCCUCACCACGUCCUCGAGCGCCUCAGACCUCAAGUCCUCCCCCUGUUCGAAGAGGAGCAUCUGCAUCGCCGCAAGGAAGGCAGUCCCCAUCUCCAAGUACUAGGCCUAUUAGGAGAGUCUCCAGAACUCCGGAGCCUAAAAAGAUAAAAAAGCCCGCCUCGCCAAGCCCUCAGUCCGUAAGAAGGGUUUCCUCUUCCCGAUCUGUCUCUGGAUCUCCUGAGCCAGCAGCUAAAAAGCCUCCAGCACCUCCUUCUCCUGUUCAGUCUCAGUCACCCUCCACAAACUGGUCACCCGCAGUGGCAGUCAAAAAGGCUAAAAGCCCAACACCAAGCCCGUCCCCUGCCAGGAAUUCUGAUCAAGAAGGAGGUGGAAAGAAGAAGAAGAAAAAGAAGGACAAGAAACACAAAAAGGAUAAGAAGCACAAGAAGCACAAAAAACACAAGAAGGAGAAGGCUGUGGCUGCAGCCCCCGCAGCCCCUGCAGCCCCUGCAGCUGUUUCUGCUGCCACAACCACAUCAGCGCAGGAAGAGCCUGUGGCAGCCCCAGAGCCCAGGAAGGAGACUGAAAGUGAAGCUGAAGACAACCUUGAUGACUUAGAAAGGCACCUGCGGGAAAAGGCCCUUCGAUCCAUGCGGAAGGCUCAAGUGUCCCCACAGUCCUAGGUGGACAUGUUUGUUACGUUGUAAAUUUUAUUUGGUUUGUACUCAAUUCAAUUUCAAAAUUGCUAAAAUGUGUUUGAGCUUUAGACUAUAACAUUUGUUGUAAUAAUUGCUAGGUUCAAGUUCACCAUGUUUUUUUUUUGUUUUGUUUUGUUUUUUAAAGGGGCAUGGAUUUACAUUACAAAGGUAUCCACAGUGUAUUAGUGACAUUCUUCCAUUGACAUUUAGAGUGAAAUAUUUUAAGCCAAAAAAGAAAAAAAUCUUUUUUUUUUUUUUUUUUUUUUUUUUUGAAAGGGGCAUUUAAAUAUUGUUGGGGUUCUUGUGCUCCUUUAAAUGCCCUUGCCUCCCCUGAGGUGUUGUUGCCCCCCCCCCUGUUUUUCUUCCUUCCUCUUGAGAAUUUUAGCACCCAUGUAAAUUAUGCUCUCAACCUUGUGUAGGUUUGUAAGCUUGCCCAGAAGUGAGACCACUGUUGAAAGCACCACAAAGGUCUGGGUGACUGUUUUCACUCUGCCAAUGGGGUCUCUGCUGACACCUUGGGGUCCCAGCUCUAGAGCAGGGAGGCACUGCUCAUGGAUGCCGGAGAUUCUGUCCAAGUGCGACAGGUUUCUAAGUUGUUUUAGAACUCCGGGAUUUUGGCCUCAUUGGGUUGGUUUGUUUUGUUUUUCUAUCUCCCCCUUUUUUUCUCUUUUGUAAAGGCAAUUUGCUAGACCCAGCAAGGACCCUUCAGUUACAUAAAUUUGUUUUAUGAAACUGUGUGGUUCCCAUCCAUAUUUUUUUCCCUUACUCUUCCAAUUGGUACACACAACUGAAGAGCUCUUGUAUUGGCAGGCUGGGAGGGCCUGGACUUGGACAUAGUGUCUUGGUUUCACUGUUUUAUUUUAUUUUAUUUUUUAACUAAAGCUAUAUAAAGCUUGUGGAUUAAACAGAAUAAAUUUCUAAAUUUAAGAACA